GGCUCAGUGGUUUAGAGCACAGCGCCACCCACAUCCCUACUCUCCCCAUAGCAGGGCUCAGCCCCAGAUUUGCUGGGGGAAGAGUCAGGCCUGUGCCUCCCCUGCCCAGCUCCCCCAUGACCCCCAGCAGCUUGCUUCCCACCCCCUCCUGGCCCAGCCUGGGCAGAUCGAUGUGGCUGCCUAGAUUUUGCUGGCAGGGAUGAGAGCAGGAUGUGGAGCAUGGACCCUGGCCUGGGAAUGUCCCCCGGCCAGAAAGGCAGAAGGAAGGGAAUGUGUGUGCAGAUUGGAACUGGCGAGAGAUCCGUACAGCCUCUGCCAGGCUCACCUGUACCUGUUUGCUCCUCCCACAGGGCUCAAAAUGCCUCCCAGGGCAAGGGGCGGCUGAGCAGAGGAGCUCCAGGCCCAAGAAAGGUGUCUGGCACCACGGAGGAGGAGUCGCCACCGCCGCCUUCCGGUGGACCUGGAAGGGGCACCUGCCAGUCCUGUGAGAAAAGGCCCCUCUCCCAGCCACGUCGUCAGCUGCCCUUCCGAGGAGCCUCUUGGGAGAAGUGGCCUUUGACCUGAGGUCGCAGCCAGCCCAGCUGCUGAGUGUCACUCCCUGCGCCCCCCGGAGAUGCCAGCCAAGACCCCCAUCUACCUGAAGACCUCGACCCCCAAGCGGGGCCGGAAGCUGCGCCUGCGGGACGUGCUCUCCAGCGACAUGAUCAGCCCCCCGCUGGGCGACUUCCGCCACAGCGCCCACAUCGGCCGGGACGGGGAGGGCGACAUGUUUGGGGAGCUCUCCUUCCUGCAGGGCAAGUACGACCUGCUGCCCCGCCUCGGCCGCUGCGGGGGCUCCCCGGGGGGCAGCUACCGCACCCUCCUGAAGAGCGCCGUCUCCCUGCCCGCCUUCAGCGGCGCCCAGGACCAGGCGCCCCCCAAGCCCCCCCGCCUCCACCUGGAGGAGAUGCCCAGUGGCGGGGGGCAGGGGCGCUCCAUGUCGGUGGGCUGUGCCAGCGCCGCCGAGGGCCUCUCCUUCUCCGCCACGGCUGCCGCCCACUACGAGCCGCUGUCCUCUUCCGUCUCCUUCUCGGCCCCCCCACCAGAAGGCGGCUGUUUUGUGGGGGGCAGCGGGUACCAUGCGGUGGGCAGCCAGGAGUGCCCCUGUGGGGGAGGAGCCCCCCUGCCUCGCUCGGAGUCCCUGCUGCGCCUCGACCUGGACCUGGGCCCCUCCAUCUUGGAUGACGUCCUGCGCAUCAUGGAGGAAUACCAGCGGCCUGUGCCCAAAGCCCUGUAGAGCAUCCGCCUGCCCACGCGCCCCUCCUCUGCUCCACCGGUGUGGCUGCGGUCAUCCUGCUGAACGUCCCCAGAGGGGCUGGACCUGCAGGGUCCUGGGGUGACGGGGAGAGGCAGCCCCAUUUGCCUGCUGAAGGGCCCAGGCAGGCAGCAAGGAGAGGCAGGGGCUUGGCCAGGAGCCGAAUUGAGGGGGGUCUUUGCUGAAAGAGAGUGGGGGGCAACGCCAGAGGAGGUCCCACCCGAGGGGCGGCAAGGAGGCACCACCUUGCAGCUGCCCCCUCAGGCGUCGGCCAAGGUCCACCUGGCCCAGCCACAGAGGCACGAAGGACACGAAGGCAACAGCCUCCCCCCCCUCCAGCAUCUGCUAUGUGGAGAUAGACUUCCUCUGAAUAUGGAGGUUCUGCAUAGCUAUCAUGACUUAUGAGCCACUGGACAGACCUCCCCCCGUCUCCAUGAUUGUUUCAUUUUGAUGGCAUCCUGUAUUGGGACCCAGAGCGAUGUUUUGGGACAGUGGAUUCUGUGCAUUAAAUAUUGUCCUCUUGCCUCAAAGGGAAA